GCUGGAUCUAUUCGCAGAAGGAGGGCGGUGAGGCUUCAGGUUGGCUUCAGGUUCUGCGACCCGUUCAUCCCAGACAGCCCACUCCUGCAGUGCCGUGAGUCCAGUGGUGACCCCGAUAUGGCAGCCGCCCAAGGCCUUUCCCCCAGCGCGGCCCCUUCGUCCUCCUGGCUGUGGGAGGCGCUGGCCAGCGGGUUCCUCUCCUGCCCCAUCUGCCUGGAGCGCUUCAGCCAGCCCAAGAUCCUGCCCUGCCUCCACACUUACUGCCAGGGCUGCCUGGAGACACUGCUGGACGGGCGGACGGAGGAAGAGGACGCAGAGGAAGAAGAGAUUGAGGCGGAGGCGCAGGAGCUGCGCUGCCCCGAGUGCCGCACCUGGGUGCCCCUCCCGGCCGGAGGGGUGGCCGCCCUCAAGACCAACUUCUUCAUCAACGGGCUGCUGGACCUGGCCUGCCCCGCAGGGAGGGCGCCCUCCUCCCCCGCCUGCGCCCUGUGCCCUCUCAUCGGGCAGGAGCCCCCCCGGACGGCCUCCUCGCACUGCCUGGACUGUGCCGACGACAUGUGCCCGUCCUGCGCCGGGGGGCACCGCUGCUCCCGGCUGACACACAGCCACCGCGUGGUGGACAUGGAGGGAUACCUCUCAGGCCACCAUGACCAGGAGGUGCGGGAGCGGCAGGCCUCCCGCUGCAAGAAGCACUCUGGGGAGGAGCUGCGCUUCUUCUGCGACCCUUGUGCUGCCCCGCUGUGUCAGAAGUGCCGCCUGGGCCCUCACCUGCAGCAUCCCUGCCGGACCCUGGCCGAAGCGGCCGAGGAGCGCCGCCUGGCAGUCGAAGAGCUCCUGGGGAAGGUCGAGGUGGUGGCACAUCGCUUGGCCACAGACAGGGCCGGCCUGGAAGCCGCGGUGGAGGGGCUGGAGGCCGGCCAGGCCAGGAUCCGGACCCGGGUGGAAGAGGCCUGUUCGCGGGCGGUGGCGUGGCUGCUGUCCCAGCGGGAGGAGGUGCUGGCCCGCCUUUCAGAGCAUGUGGAGGAGCGGAGGAAGGCCUGGGCGGCCCUGCGCUCGGAGCUGGAGCUGCAGGAGCAGGUGGCCUCCAGCACGGCGGCCUUCGCCCGGAGGGUCCUGACCCAGGGCCAAGGGGUGGAGGUCCUCUCCCUGGAGCAACUGGUCUCUGAGCGGCUGAAGGGGCUCCAGGAGGGACACUCCCCCCAGGAGACCCCACAGGUCCAGCUGCCCCGGCUGGAGAUCGACCUGGCGGACCUGGAGGGUGGCCGCAGCCCCUUCCGCCUGGAGUUCAUGGAGGAAGAGAAGCAGGAAGAGAAGGAGGAAGAGAAGCAGGAAGAGAAGGAGGAAGAGAAAGAGGAAGAGAAAGAGGAAGAGAAGGAGGAAGAAAAGGAGGAAGAGGAAGGGCAAGAGGAGGAGUUCAGCAGAGCAGAGAAGAAGAGAAGGAAAAAGAAGGCGAAGAAGCAGCAGCAGCAGCAGCAAGAGGGUCAGAAUGGGGGUGAGGCCCCCGCAUCCCCCCUCCCAAGGAAGCCCUCCGGUCAAGAGGUCCUACCUGCAGCUCCCAGCCGUGCGGCCCCCAAGGCCUUCUUCUCCUGCAGCUUCUGGGCCAAGACCCCCACGGACAAGCGGCGCCCGCAGGUGACCGGCCUGUGCCCCUUUGGCCCUGGGGAGCUUCUGGUGGCCGACGAGACGAACGGGCGGCUGAAGCGCUUCUCCUUGCAGGGGGAGUUCAGGGGGACGGUGCCGGUCCCCGAGGGGGUGGCGCCCUUCAGCGUGGCCACCCUGGGCAGCAAGGUGGCCUUCACGGCCGGCUCCCGGCUCUUCCUCCUGGACGGCCAUGGGGGGCUGGCCUGGCAGAGGGCGCUGCCGAAGUGUCAAGCCAGCCAUGCCGUGGCGGCCUUGGGGAGCAACCGCCUGGCGGUCAGCGUAAUGGGGCACGUGGAGCUCUACAACCUGGAAGGGCGGCAGGUGGGCACGGUCUAUCCGGGGGGUCCCGCCAAGCUCUGCCUGGUCUUCCUGGCCGGGUGCAAGGAGGGCCUCGUGGGGUCAGACUGGCAACAGAACAGCGUGCUGCUCUUCACAGAGAACGGGGCCUUGGUGGCCAAGUGCCGGGAGGGGCAGCUGGGGGGCUGCCAGCCGGGGGCCGUCUGCGCCGACCCUCGGGGCACCGUCUAUGUGGUCCUGAGGGAGGUCAACCGGGUGCUGGCCCUUUCCCCGGCCGGGGAGGUGCUCGGGGAUUUCCUGACAGCUGAGAACGGCAUUGACCGGCCCCGUGUGGCCACCGUGGCCGGGGAUGGGCGUUUGGCGGUGGCCCUCAGCAACGGGACCAUCCACGUCUUUAAGAUCAGGUAUUAGGGCAAGAGAAUUGUACAGUCAUAAUGUUGAAAAUGACAACCCUCUUCAAGCCUCCUCUAGUAAUUUGUUUGUUUAUAAUCCUGUUUCUUGCUUAUUGUGUGUGUGUUCUGGUAUGCAGCUUUUUUCCUUGCUCUAUAUUUUUCCUGAGAAGUUGUGGGAGGGGCUGCAGAACACAUGAUCCGCCCUGGGACGAGCACAGAGCACAGACUUCUUUGGACUUUGGGACUUCUCAGAUCACAGGCUUGCAAACACUUAUCUGUUGUUGAUUAUAAGAGAGAUGCUCUGACUGGAUGGCACACUGAAACACUCUCAAACAUAUUUGUAACUGAUUGAUAAGUUGUGUCACUGUGUAUGCUGAACAUAGGAAGGUUGUGAGUACACCAAAUGUGAUUUUUUUUAACCAAUGUCUACUUUAUUUUGUCUCUUGGGUGCAUAAUAUAAAGCAAGCUAUUUUAUGGGAGAGUAGAUACACUUUUGGGCACUGAAAACACUUCUGAAGUCCUAAAGCCUAAUAUGCAUGGGAUUUAGGACAGGUCCACCACAUGUGGGAAAGAAUGUCCCUGUUUUCUCUUCAGAUCGUAUAAAUCUUUCGCCUGUUACUUUCCGCAAUAAUAAUGCCAGGCAUGUAAGCGCUCUCUGGUGAUAAUUUCCUGAUAACCUUGAAUGUAAUGCUACGUUCCCAGUUUGCUCUUCCUUUAGGAAGAGAACUCGGUAUGGCCUGAAUAAACUUGAUUCCUGAA